AUGGAGGUUCCCAGCACCAGGAGACUCAUCAACGAUGCUCUGAAUGACUUGAGCUCGGACCAGCUCGCCAGCUUCCGCACAGCUCUCCGGGAGCGGAGGGGUGACGGUCCGCGCGUCAGACGGACUGAUGUGGAGGACAAGAGCCCCCUGCAGCUGUCGGAGCUGCUGGUGCAGACCUUCCUUGAGGAUGGGGCCGUGAGAGUGACCGAGCAGCUCCUACGAGACAUCGACUGCAUGCAGACCGCCGCGGAGCUGGGUGAGUGCGCCUUUACGCACGGUGACUUUCCUCUGGCACAGUCGCCUCCUCUGGCAGAUGCAGAGUAUGAUACAAAGCAACACUUCGUGGACCGACACAGGGAGGAGCUCAUAGUCUCGUACAUCAACCCCAUCCUGGACUAUUUGCUCCAACAAGGGGUGCUGCAGGGAGAGCAGUAUGACCGGAUCCGCAGCCUCAGGCCCACCCAGGAGCAGACCAGGACUCUGCAGUCUAUAGUAGGACUCCCAAGUCUAGUCCUAGUCCGAGUCUAG